GCAGCCCCGCCCCUGGAGGGAAAAGUGAGAUAACGGAAAUGACGACACAGCUCCCUGUUAAAUAGCUGUAGGCGGGCCUCUGGCGCUCUCUCCGCCUUAGCGCCAUCUUCUUGGAAACCUCUCCGCCAUGAGAGCUAAGUGGAGGAAGAAGCGAAUGCGCAGGCUGAAGCGUAAAAGAAGAAAGAUGAGGCAGAGGUCCAAGUAAACCGCUAGCUUGUGCACCCAUGGAGCCACAGGAGCAGAAAUAAGGAAAGCCAGAGGCCAGGGACGCUGGUACCAAUUGUUGGACUGCAUGCCUACUUUCUAGAGCUUGAUUCAGUGGAUCUAGAACAUCCAUCGCCAUCUGAUCGCAACGACCACCUUUGAGAGACUCGCCUUGUUCAUAUCAGAAGUCCCUUUUGGUCCGUUGCUCUGGACCUGUGACUUUCGGGACUAAUUCUGUUUUCAUGUGUGGCUGAAUGUAACAACGUAUACAAUAAAUCUUCUCUUCUGCUGUCUUAGCUGAAGAAAAAAAAUGGUUUUGUCUGUUACGUGGUUUUUAUUGGCUGGGGAUUCUCUGUCAGUGCAGUAGGGCCUCUUGAACACCCACGCUGUAGAGCGUCGAGCGCGCUACAUAGGCUACAGCCCGGGGUGUGACUCCUGUUCCUGGCCGACAUUUGGUCCCCAAGCCCUUGGAGUCGGUAGAUACUGGGUGGCCCUUACUUCCCAGAAAGGGUGUAGUAUAAGCGAGGGGAUAGGUUUGAAGGUGGUUCGCGGCCAAGUUAGGGGCAAACGGCACUGCUGCCCUUACUCUUAACCUAAGUCUUAAGUUACUAAGUUCCGCUUUUGAGGCGCUACUGUGCUGUUGCGUCCGGUUGCUAUGGUGACACCCAAAGCUUGCUGGGAACUUCCUGCGGCUAGUCACACUAGUACUUCGCACACCAUAGAGUAGUUCCGGGUCUGGUGGCUAGAGCGUCAUUUCUUCCGCAGGAAGCGGAAGGGCAAUAGGGUAGGCGGCUCUUUGUCGAAGCUAGAGGACCGGCAGGCGGCAGCAGCAACUACGGCGGCGGCGGCAGAACCCAGCAGUGAUGUGGAGGUGGAGACCCACAGGAGCCCCGGACUUCACCUGAGCUACCUCAGGAUUUCCUGGGGUCUAGAGUGCCCUCACCUGAGAUCCCACGGAAGAGGGGCGGUCACCAAGGGUGGCAAGAAAAGGAAGAAAGCCCUGAGUUGGGGGGGACCAGAAUGCCUGACCGGGACAGCUAUGCCAACGGCACCGGGAACAGCGGUGGAGGCCCUGGAGGAGGUGGCAGCGAGGAGACCAGUGGGGCAGGGGCAGGCAGUGGCGGGGCCAGCUCAGAUGCCAUCUGUAGAGACUUCUUAAGGAAUGUAUGCAAGCGAGGCAAGCGUUGCCGCUAUCGUCAUCCAGACAUGAGUGAGGUAUCCAACUUGGGAGUGAGCAAAAAUGAGUUCAUCUUCUGCCAUGACUUCCAGAACAAGGAGUGUAGCCGCCCAAACUGCCGAUUCAUCCAUGGCUCCAAGGAGGAUGAGGAUGGUUAUAAGAAGACAGGAGAGCUUCCCCCUCGGCUGAGGCAGAAAGUGGCAGCCGGCCUGGGCCUUUCACCAGCUGACUUGCCGAAUGGCAAAGAGGAGGUCCCUAUCUGCCGUGACUUUCUCAAGGGUGACUGCCAGAGAGGAGCCAAGUGCAAGUUUCGCCACCUGCAGCGGGAUUUUGAGUUUGAUGCUCGAGGUGGAGGAGGCAGUGGUGGUGGUGGUGCAACAGGCCCAGUCCCCCCAGGACGACGUCAUGACCUCUAUGAUAUCUAUGACCUCCCUGACAGGGGCUUUGAGGACCAUGAACCAGGCCCCAAGCGCCGGCGAGGUGGAUGCUGCCCCCCGGAUGGCCCCCAUUUUGAAUCCUAUGAAUAUAGCUUGGCUCCACCUCGAGGGGUGGAGUGCAGACUGCUGGAGGAGGAGAAUGCCAUGCUCAGGAAGCGGGUGGAGGAGCUUAAGAAGCAGGUCAGCAACCUGCUGGCCACCAAUGAGGUACUGCUGGAACAAAAUGCCCAGUUCCGCAAUCAGGCCAAGGUCAUGACCCUGAGCUCUACUGCACCAGCAACUGAGCAGACUCUGGCCCCCACUGUGGGCACUGUUGCCACUUUUAACCAUGGCAUUGCCCAGACUCACACUACUCUCAGCAGCCAGGCUCUACAGCCUCGCCCUGUAUCCCAGCAAGAACUGGUGGCCCCCACUGGAGCUCCAGCUGCUCCCCCAACUAAUGCUGCACCUCCUGCUGCUCCACCACCCCCACCCCCACACUUGAACCCAGAGAUCACGCCAUUGUCAGCUGCUCUGGCUCAAACAAUUGCCCAGGGAAUGGCACCCCCACCUGUCUCCAUGGCUCCUGUGGCUGUAUCUGUGGCUCCUGUGGCCCCAGUGGCUGUAUCGAUGGCCCAACCCUUGGCAGGAAUCACAAUGAGCCACACCACCACUCCCAUGGUGACUUACCCCAUCGCUUCCCAGAGCAUGCGUAUCACAGCCAUGCCACACUGAUGGGGCUAAUGGACACUCCCCUGGUAUAGCCUCCCAGGGCUGGGGUCGAGGGGCCCUUACCCACUCGCCUAGCCCUCCCAGGCCCUGUCUGAAGGGCUCACUCAAGAACUAGGACAAGAGACUACAAGGAGUUUGCUUCUGAGAAAGGGUUGGGCUGGUCUGUUUUCUCUCACCUCCCUUUUAUGAGGGUCCUCUUGUCCAUCUUCCUUCAAGCCUCACAGAGGGGGCUUUCAUAGGAGUGCAGACUGAAGCCAACAGAGAGGAAGGACUGACUGAGGGGCCGUAUGUACCCUGAUGGGAAGAUAGGGACAUCCCUUGUCGUGUCCUCUCUUCUGCAUAGCACAGGUUCCAGCACUGGCUUUGGAAGAAAAAAAAACAAAAACAAAAAAACCCUGCCCAGAGGGAAAGCCAGGAGAGAUUGGGAAGUGGGUGGCCAGGAGAGAAGGCCUAAUAGGAGCCUUCAGACAAUUGGGGGCCUAGUUGAGUUGGAGAAUACAGGAAACUGUUCCUGGGCCCAAGGGAAGGUGGGGACCAUAGUACUCCAGUCCAAAGACUAGGGGAGCAUUCAUUACCUUGGCUUGGCUUGGAAAUCCAUAGGGCAGGGCCCACCACUUUCCAAAGAAAUAAAAAAAGAAUUAUUUUUAACAAAUGGAGGCAGUGAAAACUUGCUUAGAUAAACUGUGUGGAAGAUGAGAGCAGUAAAUAUAUCUCAUGCCAAAAUGGGAUAAAGACCCCACCCUCACACAGCUUGGAUAAGGUUGGGCAGAGGCCAGGUGAAGGGUAGGGACCCAGAGCAAAAUUAAACGGCACUUUGUGGGGUAAAAGCAUUGGAGCCACCUAGUCUAGUUUAAAAAUAGUCCCAUCUGUUGCUGGUUUCUAUCUGCAUGAUACUAUUCCCAGGAUACCUUAGUAACCAGGGCUCCUGGGGUCAUUUAGGGGGGCAGGUACUAAGGAGGGGUGGAUGUGCUGGGAAAUGGGAAUGGGAUAUGUAUUGACAGAUCCCUUAUUCAAACAGCAGGGCAGGUGGCAGUUGCUCUCUGAGUGGUUGAUGACAGUUAAUGCCCCUCUUACCCCAUCCCUUCCUCAGUUACCAAUGCCUUAAGCCUUCAAGGCUUGGGAGGUGCUGGGAAAAGGAAAGUUCUCCUGGGGACACAAACCUCAGGGUUCAUCUCUUCCCUUUGCCUCCAUAUAGAACCACAGAGGUUUUAAAUCCAAUUAAGAGUCCAUAAGGCCAGGGACCCCAGUAGCCAAACCUCAGUUCCUCCUCAGCUCGUAGUUGAUGUAGGGGAAACAACUCAGGUAUCUACUCUGAUGAGACAGUGGAUUUGGGAUACAGAAAAUGGUUCUGAGUUGUGCUUCCCCCAUCAUAUCUGCUGCUACCUCUUGUUUUGUCUGGUUGAUCACUCAGGUUACACCUGGGUUGGAGAUGGUGUGCUCGGUCAAGGCUGGUCAUAAAAAAAAAGAAAAGGCCUAAAGACUAGAAGUGGUCAAAUACUGAAAUAUUGUGUGUGGACUCUAGAAACCACACAUUGAUAAGCUUAAUGUUGAUUUUUCUGGCACAGUUCUGGAUUAUUAAAAGAGAUGGUUUAUGAGUAGAGACAAAUGUGAUGAUAGAUACCAACAUGAGUUCAUCCCAGCCAAAUCCUGACUAUUUUCUUUUUGCCAAGUAUCUCUAAAGAGGUUGAUUUGGGAAACUGUAAUCAUUGUAUCUUCUUGAUUAACAUAUGCCAGCCAAAGACUGCCAGGAAUACACCUGUAGUCAAACAAAUUGGGUUUAAUGCUCACUGCAGUUAUGGAGAGUGUGCCAUGGGACCCAUGCCUAGCAAAGGGACAUUAGAAAGGACUUUUAGGACUUAGGACUCUGGUUAAGUGAUUUGGGGGAAGGUUCAAGGAAGUGGGGCUUGGUUCCACUGGGUGCUGUCAGGGAAGCAGGGAUACUUCUGUGAUUGGGUAUCUUAACUAGGAAAAGAGCAGACUAGAGUGAAGCUGAAAUUGGUAAUAAAGCAGCAGUCACCCAUUAGUUGGGAGAAGGGGAUGUUUGCUAUUUCAUGACUUGCACACUGAUCUUGUUUUGUGUUUAAACAAAAUUGUGAAGUGUGAUCUUGGUUUUUUUUGCCUCACUUCAUCACAGUCACUGAGUGCCAUUGUGUGAUGUUGGUGUUUCAUGAGAUUGUGUCCAGUAGGAAAACAUCAUUUCCUAGCUGUGAGCCCAGGUCAGCCCUUAACAACCCGAAGCCCAGCACUGCCAGGCCUGUCCCCAGGUGGCAGGGCUGCUUUGCUCUUCCUCAUCUGCUAAGUCAUUGCAGAUAAGAGAAUAAUUAUGGGUCAGUUAAUGGUAGAGUUUGGCGGAGUCAAAACUCAACAUCUUUGUGUAGUAAAUGUUGAUUAGCGCAUUUUGUUAGAGAAACUUCUGGUCUCUAGUGAUACACUCAAGGGCUAUGUUUUAUUUAAAAAAUUUAUAUAAAAAUAUGAAAAGCCCUGUUACCAACAUUAACACACGGAAAUACCAAGUAAACCUGAAAGUGCUGUAA